AGAAAGAAAAAAACGAACGAUGUACAAGUCGAAGCUGCAAGAACUGUGCCACAAACAGAAAUGGGGACUGCCGAAAUACACGUGCGUGAAAGACGGUGAAGAUCACUGCCCGAUGUUUAAGGCCUCUGUUGUGGUCAGUGGUACCACCUUCAAUAGCCCCCCUGCCUUAACAUCUUCGAAACAAGCCUACAAUGAAGCUGCUCAACUUGCUUUUCUCCAUUUCACUUCUGAGCCCUCAAGUGAGGAGACUGAAUAUGUUGAGAAGACAAAUGGUGAGAUUAAAACUGAGAGUUCCGUAAAAUCGGAGGGCAUGACUGUGAAACGCUGUGAGAAUCUUGACCCCUCGGAUCAAAAGAGUGAAUAUACAGAGAAGAAAAACAGUGAGAAAGAAGUUCAGAGCUCCGUAAAAUCAGAGGACAUGACUGAGAAAUACCGUGACAACAUUGAUUUUCACGACGAGUUCAAGAAGAAACUCCAGAUUUAUGCUAAAAACAAGAAUCUCGACCUAAUAGUAUAUCGUAUAGAAAAAGAGGGUGGUUGCUACAAGGCUAGAGUUUCUAUCGGUGAAGAUUGGUUUGAGAGUGAACAACUCAGUGAGACCGCCGAGGAAGCAGAGAAUGCUGCUGCACAGUCUGCUUUGUUAUCCCUAUCAACAGAUGCAUUUAACGAGAACGAUCCACACUCCUACAAGAUUCUGUUACAGGAGCUAGCAGACAAAGAAGGGUUUUUCCCGCCAAAAUACACAACGACCGUGCCUCGUGACUCCCGUAUUCAGACAUUUUCAUCUACUGUGGAAGUUGAAGGAGAGGUUUUUCAAGGGGAUACAGCUAAGUCUAAGAAACUAGCAGAGCUGAACGCUGCCAAGGCUGCAUAUACCGUAUUCACUGAGCGUAAGUUAUUCAAUCCUGGUUACUUUUCACCAAUGAGCUCCGGUGAUGACAUCAUCGAACUUGCUCCUCGUUUGGAAUCAGUCAUUAUUUCUGACAAGAAAGAAAAUCCCAUAUCCGGAUCUCCAUCAAACUUCAGUUCAGGCAAGAAACACGAGACUGAAGAACAAGACAACACUGGUGAAAGUGAAGAAAUUGUUUAUCGUACUCCAGACUCUACGACCACGAAAAAGACCAACGAAAUUGAAAGCUAUCUUCUUUGCAAUCGGGUCAAAGUCUUCACAUCAAUUCCAAACAUGGCAUUGCCUAGGGGAACAGUUGUGCUUCCAAUCAGUGAAAAUAGGUGGACAGUGGUGAACCUGGAAUUCCCUAGUGAGAAAGGAAUCUAAUCUCACAUAACUAACACUUUAUUCAGACGGCAUUAUUAUAAUUUAGAAUCAGCAUGUGAUGUAGUAGCAUGAAAAACAACGAAAAAUUCAUCUUAUGCUUGUUAGAC